GUUUAUCGUUACACGUCAAUUUUUGGUGACAAAUUUUGUGAGAAAAACAUUUUUUAUUUAUAAUAUCCUGAGUGCAAAAUGGGUCUGACGAUAUCAAGUUUGCUGACGCGACUCUUUGGAAAAAAACAAAUGCGCAUUCUAAUGGUUGGCUUGGACGCUGCAGGCAAGACUACUAUAUUAUACAAAUUGAAGUUAGGAGAAAUAGUUACAACCAUUCCGACAAUCGGGUUUAAUGUGGAGACCGUCGAGUAUAAAAAUAUAUGCUUUACGGUUUGGGAUGUUGGCGGACAAGAUAAAAUUCGCCCAUUAUGGCGGCAUUACUUCCAAAACACACAAGGAUUAAUAUUUGUGGUUGACUCGAAUGACCGUGAUCGUAUUAAUGAAGCUGAAAAGGAACUUCAAAAUAUGCUUCAAGAAGACGAGCUACGCGACGCCGUGCUUUUGGUUUUCGCUAAUAAACAGGACUUGCCGAAUGCCAUGAGUGCUGCAGAGUUAACAGACAAAUUGCAUCUAAAUCAAUUAAGGAAUCGUCAUUGGUUCAUCCAAUCCACUUGCGCUACCCAGGGGCACGGCUUGUACGAAGGUUUGGACUGGCUGUCUGCCGAAUUGGCCAAAAAAUGAUAAAU